AUGCCCAUCCCCAUCACCGUAGCCUACUCUGUCGACGCCGGCGUCAUCCACAGGAACUUCUCCUUCGACUACGACGCCCUCAGCGCUCCUCUGUGUAUGUUCAACCCGUUGAAGUUGCCUGUUUUUGCAGCCAAGGACGAAUCCGAGAUUUCCACCGAAACACGCCAGAGACGGCUGAAUUUCGUCCAGAACAUCUUUUCCAAAAUGACGGAGAAGUUCCCCUUGCCUCUUUUGAAGCAUUUCUUGGUCGCCGCCUCGUUGUCGCCUCGAAAAUGGCCUGAGGUGGGUUUCACCAAGGGCGACAAGGAGUACCGUUUCUGUGGGUUUCUGCCCAACGGCAAACCCGUCAUUUACGACUACAGCGCCGUCAAAUCCAUCUUUGAAACAAACUCGUGGAUGGAAAACGUGCCGUUGCUGAAUGCUGUCGGUAUCUUGGAGGCGUUGAGGUCGAGAAGUCGUCUUGAGGAGGACCAGUCUGAACCUUCUAGCACCAGUCUUCCCACUCCAGAUUCCAACGAAAACGAGGUGGAUUCAAACGGCGCUUAUCCGUCUGUGAUCAUCGACUCGCCAAAACAGGACUUUGAUCUCGAUCCAUGUAGCAGUCCAGUCCAGUUGGUUCCUGAAGCGGAUGAAACAAACGGCGAAGAUGCCGUCACAUAUGACGAAACCCGCCGUUUCCUCAACUUCUUGUACCCUGACCAGACAAAGGCGCUGUUGAGUUUCGAUCUAGGGUUACCCUCCAUCGCUCUGGCCAGUUCUCCAGAACUGUGUCCCAAUUCCCACAUCAACAGCUGGUUGUCCAGUGCUAGUGCAGAAACCUCCAACGCCUUUAUUUCUUUCAACAGCCUGUCGGCGACUUCUGCCGAGGAGGAAUUGGCCAGUAUGGCUAAACCCAAGGAUUCGGAACUUUACGAGUUCAUUGAAGAGCACGGGUGCAGUUUAUCGUUGCAUCUUGGCCGUGGCACGGAAAAGCUCGUGUUGUCUUCCCUAGAGAAGGUUUUGGGAGAUAAUGGCCCCAACAAGGAUGCUCCGUUGGAGAUAAUCACCUUGAAAAGAAGCAACCACAGAGAAAGCUUCUCGCUGAGAGAAAACCACAGAAGAAGGCGCAGGGAGAACACCAGACGCAGACGGGAAAGAGUCAAGAUGAUUUCCCAGGAGCUUCGGGAAGCGUUGAUGGAGGAUUCGGAGUCUGUUCCUUCGCCGGAGGUCGAGGAAUCAGGCGACAAGUCCUCGCUGUCGGAGGAGACAGAGAAGAAGGAGAAGUCUGAGGAAACAAGCUCCGAGGAUGUCUAG